CCAAAGGCAAGGCGCUUAUUUUUAUGACAAUCUGUUAAGUGGAGAACUUUUGGCUAUUUCACAUCAUUCAUAUUGAUAAACAGCUACUACUUGCAAUUUAGGCACAUAGAGUUACACAUUUCUGUCUAGUGUCGAAUGAAAGAAAAGAUUAGCUCAGUGCUCAGCAAUUGAACUGUACGGUCCAAAAUAUAUUGAGAUUUUUUUUGUUGUAAAAAACCAAGUGUGUGUUCAAACAGCAAACAUGAAUUUUUCUUAUAAUUUUUGUAAAUUCCUUCAAUUGGUUUUGGGGUGUAUUUGCAUUAAAUACAACGCAAUUUGUUUCCAUAAACUCAACGACACAAUUUCUUCUGGACUUGAAUUAAUUUUUCACAUUAUAGUCAUCUUGUUUGUUUUCACAACAAUGGUUGUGUGGACCUUUUCUGUAGUAUUAGAGCAACAAGAAAAAAACAAAAUCCAACCAUUCACGACUACAGCGAAUUUCAUGCAUUUUGAAUGGUCCUAUAAUUUAACCGCUUCCCUUUGUAUUAUCUUCGCUUCUUUCUGUUUACUAAUUGCGAUCGAUAGCGACCAAGGAGACGAUCAACUUGGCAUCCACAAAUAUUUUGGCGAGAAAAAUCUAAUUGAAAGUACAGCGCAAUGGUUUGGAAGAAAUAUGUUUAGUAUUGGUGAAAUUACCAACAAAUAUAAAAGAGCUGAUGUUUAUGAUGACUAUAAGCGUGCCGCGAUUGUUGGCAUUGUCAAUGGUAUACUGUAUUUCUUCUCUGUUUCCAAACCGAUGACGAAUCGCGUUCAAAUUGUCAUAGUCAAUGAAUUUCAAGUUUAAUUGAAUAGAUUUUUAAGAUAUGUCAAUUAAAUGUUUAAUUUAUCAAAUAAAUUAUAUUGUUAA